GCUUCCCGGAAAAACGGCGGGGUGCGGGGCGCAAGGACGCGCCCAUAUUGUCUCGAACGGUCCACGGAACAGUUUUGCAGGAUAUACCAGUGGGUUUUGCCAGGGCCAGCCGUGAUUUGUUGUGGGUGAUAGACCUUGGUGAAAAUGCAGCACGUGGCGCUACAUUUAGGGUCUGUUUGGUUUUCCCCGCGUGUUUGGCUCUGCAUAUGGGCAUUAUGCGGCCCCUGGCGGUAUUCGGGCUGUGCCAAGCAGCUCAGUUUCGCGAGGACUCUCCGGCUGUUGUCAUCCAUUUAGCUGAUGCAAUUCAAGCGACAUUCUAACCUCAAAAUCCACGGCUUUCCUACAUACACACAUGCAGCUGAGGGAGGGUGUUUUGUCAGGGGGUGUGGCAGUGGACGUCACCAAACUAACGCCUCUGUCACCGGAGGUCAUCUCCCGACAGGCGACCAUCAACAUUGGCACCAUCGGUCAUGUGGCUCACGGCAAAUCCACGGUGGUCAAAGCCAUCUCCGGCGUGCAGACUGUGCGUUUCAAGAACGAACUGGAGCGCAACAUCACAAUCAAGCUGGAACGCUUAAGCGAAAAGAAAAUCGAAAAACUUUUGAGCUCUAAGCAGCAGCGACAGCAGUAUGAAAUCAAACAGCGUUCACUGCUGCGGCAUCUCGCCGAAUUGCGGCGGCAUAGCCGAUUACGCCGCCUCUGCACGAUGCCAGCUCCGUUUUCCAAGCCAGCAUCCGUCUCCAGUGUAGAUAGACGCACCACCCGGCGAAGCACCAGUCAGACCUCACUGAGUCCCAGCAAUAGUAGCGGCUAUGGCAGCGUUUUUGGCUGCGAGGAACAUGAUGUGGACAAAGUACAAAGUGACAAGGGAUUCGCCAAUCUGAAGCGUCGACGCAGCAGUUGUGCGGACACCCUAACUCCCAACUCCAAGCGGUCAAAGAAUAAUGAGGGAUUAAUAGUCAAAAAGCCACCCAAAGGGGAGUAUGUCGUGGAGCGUAUUGAAUGCGUCGAGGUGGACCAAUAUCAGCCAGUCUUCUUCGUGAAAUGGUUGGGUUACAAGGACAGCGAUAACACCUGGGAAAGCCUUGCCAACGUGGCCGACUGCGCCCAAAUGGAAGAGUUUGUGGAGCGGCAUCAGCAGCUCUACGAGACAUACAUAGCUAAGGUCACCACUGAACUUGAGGAACAGCUGGAGGCCUUGCCACUAAUGGAAAACAUUACUGUGGCCGAAAUAGAUGCCUAUGAUCCCCUCAAUCUGCAGCUUGAUCUUAUCCUACUCGCCCAAUAUCGCGCUGCCAGCAGUCGAAGCCAAAGGGAGCCGCAGAAAAUUGGAGAGCGCGCCUUGAGAAGCAUGCAACUGAAGCGGGCCCAAUAUUCACGGCGCAAACAGCUGGUUGAUUUAGCAUUGUUUGAGGAGCGCAUGAAUCGUGUGGAGAAACCGUCACCUCCAAUACGCGUUGAGAACAACGUAGAUCUGGACACCAUAGACAGCAGUUUCAAGUACAUACAGGAUAACAUAAUCGGAAAAGGUGUGCCCAAGCCGGAAGCGGGGCUUCUAGGCUGUAAGUGCAUUGACGAGAAUGGCGUAGAGGUGUGUGCUGCCUCUACGAAGUGUUGUGCCCGCAUGGCCGGCGAGCUGUUUGCCUACGAGCGAAGUACACGGCGCUUGCGCCUUCGUCCCGGUGGCGCCAUCUUCGAGUGCAAUAGCCGCUGCUCGUGCGAUUCAAACUGCUCCAACCGACUGGUGCAGCAUGGACGCCAGAUACCGUUGGUGCUGUUUAAGACCAGCAACGGCAGCGGAUGGGGGGUGCGAGCCGCAACUGCCCUGCGUAAGGGUGAAUUUGUGUGUGAGUACAUUGGGGAGAUCAUCACCAGCGAUGAGGCAAAUGAGCGCGGAAAGGCGUACGACGACAAGGGAAGGACAUAUCUGUUCGAUUUGGAUUACAACACAGCUCAGGACAGCGAGUACACUAUCGAUGCGGCUAACUAUGGCAACAUCUCGCACUUUAUCAAUCACUCUUGCGAUCCUAAUCUGGCCGUGUUCCCCUGCUGGAUCGAGCACUUGAAUGUCGCCCUGCCGCACCUCGUGUUCUUUACACUACGCCCAAUCAAGGCGGGCGAGGAGCUGAGCUUCGACUACAUCCGCGCGGACAACGAAGACUUGCCCUACGAGAACCUCUCGACGGCUGUGCGCGUCGAGUGCCGCUGCGGAGCUGAUAAUUGCAGAAAGGUCCUCUUUUGAACGGACUUAAACGUAUUUUGUUAUGACACGUUUCCCCCACCUUAAACAUCAUUGAAUUGAAAAUUUUUUUUUUUACAACAUAUUAGUUACUAGUUACUAGCUUGCUGGCCAUUUGUAAGCUGAUUUUAUAUUACGAAAAAUUAAAUGAUGGCAUUUUAAUUAUUUAUUUGUUAAUAAAAACGAAUGUCGACGGAUUGGAUUUAUAUUAUGUUUGAUCAAGUUACUAGACUAGAGAAUAGAUGUUAAAAGGAGUAUUCUGUUUAGUUUGUACAUGUAAUUUUAUACAUUUCAUAUACUGUAAUAUUAAACUAGGAUUAAGGUAGUGCUUUGACAAACACCCUUGUAAUGUGCUGAAUUUAAUUGCCGUAUAAUGUGCAAAUCAAUAUUUCACAAUAAAUAUCCUACGAUUAUUAA